AUGGCCAAACCUCAUGUCUCUGUCUGCCCUACCCACUUGCCCAAACACCACUACAAUCAUGAAACUAGAAGGAAACAGGCUGUGACCAAAAAACCAGGAGACAUGAUAAAACAAGAAGCAAUAGGCAUGUCAUGUGGAGCGUUUUAUGGUUCAAAAUCAAAGCUCAUCAGCAUCAGGUGGAUAAAGAUAAAGAGGCAUUUUGCAGUGUGGCAAAUUGCAGACCAGAAGGUUUAUGUGAAGUUGUCUGAAGGGUAUUGCGACAUUGUCGUUGAUGCUCUUCCGGGCAAAGUCUCCGUUUCUUUUCACGGCGAUCAUCUUCAUGUUGUGCAUGUUCAACACAUUUACCAUGAAGCUAAUUUUGUCGUUCGUUUCUUGACUAAGAAGGGUCUCACCCCAGAUUUUAUUUGGACCUCGCUUGGUCGGUACAAAAAAUAUAAAAGAGGUGCGUUUUUUAAAGUUGCUGCAUAA